CAUGCUGGAAACAGUUGAACUGAAAGAGACAUAGAUUAUGGCUAUUUCAUGCAUAUAAACCUAGAGAUCAAAUUUGUUUUUGCUCUUCUUUUUGUGUUCUAGGUGAAAUGGAAGACUGUUACUGGAUUCACUUUGGGUUCAUUCUUCUAUUCUUUUUGUGCUUUCUGGACAUGAAUGUACGGACAUUUUUAGGGUGAUAGAUGAACUGUUUGUGAUGAUAUAUAAUAAUUUUGUAGUGUGGAUUUUUUUGUUAUUUGGUUUGCAAUCCAGUUUCAUCUCUUUACCUUGACUGCAAGCAGUAUUUCACAUCGGCCUAAGUAUAUUUUUACCUCUGUUAAAGCUGCAACCAUUUCCAUCUGCAAACGAAUCAAUGCCCGGUUGAUUUUUUCAUCAACACUUUUACCCUUAAUGCUUUUAGAUUCUCCCUACAUCAGAUUAAAACUGCAAAUGUAAGUAAUGAGGUGCCUGAGAAUCUUUGGUUUUCUAUUUCUGCUACUCCACUCAACUAAAAAAGUGUGAGAUAAUGGAUACUGGCAAAAGAAAAAUCUAAUAUACAAUGUGACAUUGUCAAGCCACCUUCUCAAUGAAAGUUUCAUACGUGCCAAAUCGGGUUUGUCAACUACAAGGCACAUUGCUGCCAAGGCGAGCUCCUAGAGUGCAAGCUCGUUGGAAUUUAUUAUAGAUGUUGCUUUACCCACACAGUUAGCUGAUCAGACAAAGAAGCUUUGGGAAGGUAGAUGCCAGCAAUUUAAUAUAACCAGCUUUCACAAUAUAAAAUGGUUGGGUCUGUAUAUAUCUGAGCCACUGGUUCCUGCUUGUACUAGCAACCUAGUUUAUCUAUCUCGAGACAUGUAAAGCUUUUAAAAAAUGAAGGUAUACAUGUUGCUCCAGGAAAGAUUGGGUGUGCAAUAGCUUGCUGUUUUUGAUAAUUGUCAUUUCUAAAUUAAGAGAGCAUGUUGUUCAAGUUGCUGCAAUAGGGAAUGGCAGUGGACUAUUAGUUUGGUACUUUGGUCAUUGUAUGAAGAAAGGGGUAGCAGGUCCAGAACCAUGGUCCCCACCCCAGACCUCUGAAAGGAAAACAAUUGAUGAUUCCAGAUGGUGCUAAUCUCACUUCUAUUUAAGAUUUAAAGUUCAGCAGCACCUUUUUUAUCGAUUCCAUUACCUGAAGAAACAAGUAAGCAGCAACCCAGAAGUAAAUUCCAGCUUACUCUUGUUGCAGUUUUUUUCUGUCUGGUUUCCCUCUUAUGAUCAUUUAUUUGGUGUUAUAUUUCCUUGUAUUCUUCAUUGCAUUUAUUAACUUUUUCAUAAACUACUUUAUUAGGCGUAUCUUACUCUAAUCAGUUAUCGGAUGCUUCUUUCCUUUUAUCUUUAUGUUUAAGGAGUGAUUUAACUCAUGCUAAAUGUCUUUUGUGAAUCCUUAGCGAUUUGCUCUCUAUUACAUCAUGAUUACAACCUUUAGUUUGCCUGCAGGCACUUGUUUUUCCCCAAGUUUUGUUCAUAAGAUUGAUGAAAUAAAUCUCCGCACUUGACGAAUGAUUUGACCAAAGCUUCACUUGAACAGAUUAAACUGAUGGGUAUUACAUGCAGCCAUACAUCAACCAUGAAUCGGCUUCACAGUGGAAGAGUUCCCCCAUGCCUUUCAUCAGCUAUAACACCAGUACCAGCGUUCUCAGAGGCAUCAUUUCCUAGUUUUACAGAACAGAGAUCAUCUUUUGCUGAAAGGAAAUUACCUGUUAGUUCUGUCGCCUCAAUUGGUACUUCUAUGGCUGCUUAUGAUACCAUGUCAACCCAUAUGUUAGCUUCCAACUUCACCAAUGAAUCACCUAAUAGGCAGCUUUGUUCUGGAUCAUAUGUUACUGAGCCAUCUGAUCCUGAUACUCCAUUGCUAGCAACACAUUCAUCAUUAAUGGCUGAUUCAACGCCCUUAUUCGUGGACUUUUCAGAAGUAUCUGAACAUAUAUGUUUGAACCAAGGCCAACUUCUAGGUUUAUUUGAUUAUCCAGCAAGUGUUGAUUUUUACAAAUCAAAAAAUAUGACCAUCUUUGGUCAACAAAUUCAAGACACCAUUACAGUCGAUCCUAACACUCACCUUACACCGCAAAAUGAGUUGUUCUCUGGGAGUUCAAUGCAGCUUCAGAAAACUGUAGGUUCUGCUGAAUCUGUGCUGAAGACAGUUGAUGCAAGAAGUGCAACACCUCAAAGUUAUUUAUACUGCCAUACUGAGAGUGAGAGGAGUGUACCAGAACCUUUCAACUGUGAUAAACUUGGCGCCGACAGCCUCCCUUUUUCAAACACUGCUCCAAAGCCAAGGAUGCGCUGGACACCUGAGCUUCAUGAGUGUUUCGUUGAUGCUGUUAACAAGCUCGGUGGGAGCGAAAAAGCAACUCCAAAAGCAGUCCAGAAGGUUAUGAAGGUCGAUGGAUUAACUAUAUACCAUGUAAAAAGCCAUCUGCAGAAACACCGUAUAGUUCAACAUCGUUCUGAAACAUCGGGUGGUGUGCCUGGAAGGAGAGGCAGCCAUACCGAAGUAGAUGAUGACUCCAUCCCGCAAUCAAAAGGCGAAGGGGGCGUUGAAGGAGGACUAGUGUCGCAGAUUGGCUUGCAGAAACAACUUCAUGAACAACUUGAGAUCCAAAGAAGGCUGCAGCUGCAAGUCGAGGAACACAACAAGUACCUUGAAACGGUAAUCGCGAAGCAAAACGAGAGCCUUAAAAAGCUUAGAGCGCUACGUGGUUUUCGAGACCGAGUGCGGCGUGUUUUGCAAGACAGUGAAGCACCCGGAGUGCGGGCACAUUGUGCACAAGCACAACAGAGAUCGUGAGAAAUGGAAUGGCAGCUCCGAUCCAGCAGGCGAAGAGUUACAGCAA